GCUUGAUUGACACUCACGCCGGCCAAUCAUCGCCAUCCACUGUGAUGACUAAGGCGGCGCGCCAGUCAGCUCCUACAGUCGACGAGGGCUCGUUUUGUUGACAGGAACUGUGACUGUGCGUUUGAAAAGAGUACUGGGAAAGGAGGUUACUGUCGGCCAGCUUGCGCUUCGAAACGUUUAUCAAAAAUUGACCCGUCGACGUGAAUUAUGACUCUGACGGCCGCCGUCGAGCAAAGAUGCAAUGGAGGUCAAUAGUAGUGGGUCUUCUUGUGCUGCGGGUGGCCCUGAACUGCAUCCUGUGGCUCGCGUUCGGACUCGGACCCAGCUGGGGCUUUCACUUCCCGCUCCAGUUCAGCUUCAACCUGCACAGACACACCGAGACUCCGAUAGAUGGGACCAAUGGCUGGUCGCAGCGUGUGUACGAGAACAACCAACCUCCGGUAGGAACCUGCUCAAAGAUCAGCGAAAACACGCCAAAAAAGUCUUACCUCAGCUUCUUCAAGGCCAGCAGGGACGAGUACGAUCGGAAGUAUGGCUCUUUUCCUGACGCCCUCAAGAUUAAAAUGAAGGGGAUGGCCAGGGACAUGUUCUACUUCGGCUAUGACAACUACAUGAAAUACGCUUUUCCUGAAGACGAGCUUAACCCCAUCGACUGUCGGGGCAGAGGACCAGAUGUAUUAAACCCAUCGAAUAUCAACAUCAAUGACGUGCUUGGCAACUACUCCUUGACACUAAUCGACACCCUUGAUACUCUGUUGGUGCUCGGGAAUGUGUCCGAGUUUCAUCGCGCUGUUAAGCUGGUCAUUGACACGGUCAGCUUUGACAAGGAUUCCACAGUGCAAGUGUUUGAGGCCAACAUCAGAAUCCUGGGCAGUCUGAUCUCUGCCCACAUCCUUCUGACUGAUCCGCGACACCCGUUUGGAGACGUGGGGCUGAAAGAUUACGAUAAUGAGCUGCUGCAUCUGGCCCAUGACCUGGCUGUUAGGCUGCUACCUGCAUUUGAGAACACCAGCACUGGCAUCCCCUACCCUAGGGUGAACCUGAAAAGCGGCGUGCCCCCAGACAGCAUAAACGAGACGUGCACAGCAGGCGCAGGCUCUCUUCUGGUCGAGUUUGGCAUUCUAAGCCGUUUGCUUGGCGACUCUACGUUUGAGUGGGUGGCGAGGAGGGCCGUGCGAGCUCUCUGGAACCUGAGGAGCAACCAAACAGGACUGCUGGGGAAUGUGGUGAACAUCCAGACGGGUCAGUGGGUUGGAAAGCAAAGUGGCUUGGGUGCAGGAAUGGAUUCGUUCUAUGAAUACCUGCUCAAGUCAUACAUACUCUUUGGAGAAAAAGAAGACCACAAGAUGUUUAUGGCUGCUUAUGCGAGCAUUCAGAGUCACCUGAGGAGAGGGAGAGAGGCUUGUAAUGAAGGUGAAGGUGACCCUCCUCUUUAUGUAAAUGUGAACAUGUUUAACGGACAGAUCAUGAACACCUGGAUCGACUCUCUUCAGGCAUUUUUUCCUGGACUGCAGGUUUUAAAUGGAGAUGUGGAAAAUGCUAUUUGUCUCCAUGCCUUCUACUAUGCAAUCUGGAGGCGUUUCGGGGCCUUGCCGGAAAGGUACAACUGGCAGCUGCAGGCUCCAGAUGUUCUCUUUUACCCUUUAAGACCUGAGCUAGUUGAGUCUACAUACCUGCUUUAUCAGGCCACCAAGAAUCCUUUUUAUUUACAUGUGGGCAUGGACAUACUUCAAAGCCUUGAAAAGACUACCAAAGUCAAAUGCGGCUAUGCCACACUCCAUCAUGUCGUAGACAAGUCGAAGGAGGACCGCAUGGAGAGUUUCUUUCUCAGUGAGACUUGCAAAUACCUGUAUCUGCUCUUUGAUGAAGACAACCCUCUGCACAAGUCUGGGAGCAAAUACCUUUUCACAACUGAAGGUCACGUAGUGCCCAUAGAUCCACGCUUUAGGCAGAAAACCUGGGAAGAACCGGUCUCAUGUAAGGAGUUCACCAAGGAACUUCCAGCCAACACCAGCAAUUGCGAAAGGAUACCUGAGGAGCGACGCUACAAUCUUCCUCUGAAGAGUGUGUACAUGAGACAGAUUGACCACAUGGUUGGCCUUUCAUGACCUCAUUAUGACAUCAUCAGCUGGAGUUUAGUAUAAAAUCACAUCCUUCGGAUGAGUUUUAGCAGUGCGGCUGUCCAAACUGAGAAUUUUAUUAUUAUUUUUUUUUGGUAUUAUGGUUUGUUUGCACAAGAACCUCAAAUGAGGCAUUUAAGAGCUCGGUGGUUCUUUUUUGGUUAUUCUGAGUCUGUGUUGGCGUUGCUGCGUUCAGUGCAGGAUUCUUUGACAAGGAGACACUUACGGGGAUGUGACAUGAAUCGGUGCAUUUCCUCACUAUUUUUAUCGUCGAUAAUAGUGAACAGUCAUUACUUUUAACCAGUCGGUUUUACAAAUUAGGUUGCAUUCCUAUUUAUAACACACUUUCGUUAAUUUUGGUUCACAUGCUUCCUAUUUCCAGUGAAGUGUGAUGGAAGUCUGAGGGAUCAUCAUUUAAAAUCAGUGUAAUCCUAAUAUUCACCCAGCCUGAAGCUCAUCAUAUGAUGAUAGGUUACACACUUUUAACUUGUCAGGGGGUCUCUUACAGAGCGUGAUUAAGAACAUUAUUUGUAGCAUUGUAGCUCUGUGGGAUUGCUUCCAACAUUCGAUCCUGAGAAAUAAAUGAAUAAAUAAAUCUUUUCUUCAGGGCUGGCUGGUGCCAGAAGUAGCAGUGUUCUUAUUCCAUUUAUAACCAGUAUUUCUGUGCCAAAUUCUGAUUACUGCAACGGACCCUGGACACUUUUGUUACGUUUUUGUUGAGCUUGUUGUUUUGCAUCCUCGGAGUAGCUUCCUGGUCAGAUGUUCUGACAUUUGUGCCUUCCAAAAAAAAAAAAACGCAUUGAGUGAAACUGUUUACAAGACCUUCAUUCACUCAUUCGCUUAUUCUGUACUCUUGCUGUUCAUUUUAGUUUGCGUUGCUUUGCAGUGCCACAGCACCGAAAAAAGUGAGCUUUUAAGCUUACCCCAUGUUAUUUUUAGUUUUGCACUGUUGCUGACGUUGUAUUCAUGUCUUUCUCCAAAGUCUCACUCAUUUGUGCCUUAUAUAACCCAGAAUCACUGGCUAGUCCUCAGGAUCAACUUAUUCUUUUUUUUUUCUUGCUUCUUCUUUCCAGUAUGUAUUCAUUCAAUUAUAUUCGGUUUCAAGGACUGACGUGAAUGUGAUGCGAAAGAUAAAUAACAGAAACUGUGCGAUAACUAGAUCGUAUUGAUAUCGAAUGCAUGGAUUGGACUGGUGUACGAUUUUUAGAACAAAGCCAUAAAACAGGAUUUUGGGGCUUUUCUUAAGGGGCUAUCGAUCAACACUUGCUCAGAGAAUUUAACUUUUUUUUUAAGAUCUUGAUUGAUUUUAAUUGAAUUCAUUCAAUGUUGAUUUAAGUAUAAUCAUUCCAUGAACAUCACUGAGUGGUGUAAUGGAUUGCAUAUGUGAAAAAAAAUGUACAUCGAUUCAAUGUGCAAUGAGACGUUUAAAGGGCUUUAGGAGUUCCUGAAACUGGCUUGACACUGAGUUUUAUUCAUUUCUUAAAAACUAAAUACCAAACAAUUAUUAUGUUGGGUAUUAUAUACUGUCUUUGUUUUUUUUUUUGGUUUUUUUUUUGUUUGUUUAUUUUGUUUGUUUGUUUUGUCUCUGCAAUUUAAUCUGAAGGUAUUCUGGCUAAUCAUAUUACACUUCAACAUCUCCAUCCUAAAGUGCGGGGUCUCUUCCACAAUAAAAAUGUCCCCAUUCACAGGGCACAAGGACUAACUGAAUGGUUUACUGAGUAAUGCAAAUAACUCUCAUACUACAGGUUUCACAGUCACCAGAUGUCAAGCCAUUGAACACUGAUGGCAGAUUGUGGACUGAAUUGUAACUGCUAAGGAAAUAGCUUUAGGACGAAUCGAGUUCAUGCCUCCAGUACAGUUCCAGGGACUUUAUUAGACACACUUGCGAUGGUAGGCCAACACCUUACUAACCGCUUUUAUCUUGGUUUUGCCUUAAAUAUGUCAGCUGACGGUACUUUUUAAAAAGCAGGAAUUUUGCUGGGAAGGGAAUGAUUUCAUAAAAUAUUCAUUAACGGUUUGAAUACGGUUUAAUUUGAAUGCACAGUUGUUUGUCAUGACCACAAUUUUUGUGUUUUGGGUUACAUUUUGAAAGAAAUAAUAAAAUCUUGCUUUGUUUUAUCUCAUGUUAUUGACAAGACUCAGGGAAAUCUUUUAGCGAUGGCUGAUUAUAAAGGAAUUGUUGCAGGUGUUGAAAAUAAACAUAUCAUUCCAGUA